AAAGGACCGCCUCCCCUGUCUCUGCCAUCGUCUUCUGUCCUCCAUCAGUGAGAGAGUUCUCUGGAGGAGCUCUAGCACCAGUGAGGGGAGGAAGGCCGAGAGACGGCUCAGCCAACAGGCACUGAACCAAAAGAAACGGACUGAACGGCAUUCAGCGGAAUCGGAUUGAACUGAACUGAACAUCGUGUAGCAGCGCCCCCAAAGGGAGGAGAUGGCAGCAAAGCAGCCCCGACGCGAGGAGAUGGAGGCGAUGAUGGAUGCCUGGCACAGACUGGGCACCCUCGCUGAUCUUCAGGGCGAUUCUGGUGGCCGGCAGCAGCGUGGGCGCUCUCGAAGCCGCUGGCCUUGCUGGGGCCCAGAGGAAGCUCCCCUGCAAUUCGAGGCCCCCAGCUGCGGACUGGGUGCAGGCACAGCUCAAGAAGAGGGCCCCUCCCGGGAGGAGGGCGCCUGUGGUCCUGCUGGGGCCGUUGGGGAUGCUGAGGCAGCAGCUGCUUCGAGUACCUGCCCAGGCGCGUGCGGAGGGCAGCAGCUUAGGGACAGCGAGGAGAGCGAGGGCAGCCAGAGGCGCAGGGAGCGCAAGGCCGCCGCCGCUCCAGCCCGGCCUCUCUUCCCCGAGGCGGCCAGAGCCAUGAGCGGGAAUCCAAACUUGGCGCUCGGGGCCCGCCCCCGGCAGCCCAUGGGCGGGCGGGGCCAGAGUCGAGGGGAGCUGCGAGAGGCUGCCGAGGAGGCGGGGGCGAGCGCCGGCGCCGGCGGCCGUUGGCGGGCCUCUAGCCCCUCCCCGCCCCCCGCCGCGGGCCCACUGCGCUACUCUCUGCGCUCCCGGGCCAGUGCGGCCGAGGCGGCCGGCGGCGGCCUGGACGAGGGCCCUUCCACCUCGGGUUUCGGGGUGGCUGGAGCCAGUGGCUUUCAGGACCAAGAUGCAGUUGUGGGGAAAAAAUCACCAAGAAGGAAGAGAGGCCCAUGCAGAAAGAUAGUGCCGGUUCCUCUAGAGGUAGAGAAGUCUAACAGUGAUGAAGAAAGAGAUGAGACCAGCAGACCAGCCUGCCCUGAUGAGGAAGAAGAGGAGGAGGAGGAAGAGGAGGAGGAAGAAGAAGAGGUUGCUGGGGCAGGUUUGAGGAACCUGCAGUACAGGACUCAGUCCAGGAUUGAAAAGAAGGUCUGUGAGGUGGUCCAGUACCUGCUAGUGAAGGAUCAGACAAAAGUGCCCAUCAAACGAACUGACAUUGUGAAUACCAUAAUUAAAGAGUACAAGGAAAUGACCACAGAGAUCAUCAGCCGGGCUGGUCAGAUGUUGGAGCAGGUGUUUGGAAUAGAGUUGAAGGAGAUUGAUGACAAGGCUCCUGCUUAUGUGCUCCUUAACAAACUGGAGCCCCUGGAAGAUGACUGCAUGAGACCAAAACAUGAUACAGCAAAGAUGGGGCUUCUGAUGGUGAUCCUGAGUCUCAUUUUCAUGAAGGGGAAUGCUGCCAAGGAGGCUGUUGUUUGGGACAUGCUCAGGAAGAUGCGACUUAACCCCGACAAAAAGCAUCCACUCUUUGGGGAUGUGAAGAAGCUGGUCACUGAUGAAUUUGUCCGCCAGAGGUAUUUGGAGUACAACCAGAUUCCUUACACUGACCCGGAGGAAUACGAGUUCCUCUGGGGACCCAGAGCUUUCGUAGAGACCAGCAAGAUGCAGGUCCUUCGCUUUGUGGCUAAGAUCCAAAGGAGGGACCCUCGUAGCUGGGCGGUCCAAUACAAUGAAGCCCUUCAGGAAGAGGCAACAUCUGCAUCUGCAUCUGCCUCUGCCUCUGCCGCUGCUUCAGUUUCAGCUGAGGCGGAGGCCGAGUCUGAGGCUGAAGCUGAGGCCGAAGCCUGUGCCUGUGCCUCUGCCGCUGCCGCUGCCUCUGCCAGUUUCCUGGAGUAGGCGAGGGCCCCAUGGAGGUGGCUGUCCCAAAGCACCAGAAGCAUCAUUUUCCAUGAGCCGUGUGCCCUGUAGUUAUGAGUUAGGCCCUAUUCCCUCUGUAGUCCUGGUCCAAUAAAACUGCAAGGCGA